AUGGUUGCUAAAGAUACAAGCGGUGUAAACAUUCUGGGUAGUUGGUCAACGACUGAUUCAUCAGUUCAAGUUAUUCCUUGCAACGGUACAUUUUCAAAUGGUAUUACUCAAACAUCAUCAACCAAUAAAUCUCAAAUUCAAGCAACUUGGUCUUCUCCAUCCAAUGUACCUCAAGGAAAUAUUGUUAUUGAUGAUGACACUAUUCACGUACAACGUUUUGUCAAUCUCGAUGGUUAUUCACCUCCAGUUUUAGUUACUGCUGCUUCAAAUUAUGGUGGAAUAUUUCAAGUAAGCCGAGUAGCUCAGAACAAUGGCGUCAUCUAUUGUGAAUUUACUCUGUCUAAUUUCACUAAUACUUUGGAUCGACGAACAAAACGGAGCAUUUCUUUACUUUCACAAAAUAAACAAUACCAAAUUCUCACGGCCAUAGGAAAUUUAGAUAGUUCAAACUCAUUAAUACAACAUUUCACGGCAAACGUUCUAACUCAAAUGAUUCAACUUAAUCAAUCAGAAACAAUAAUGACGAAUAACACUCAAGGAUCAACCAACAAUAAAACAAUUCUUUUGCGAGCUCAUGGUAUUAUUAUGCUAUUUCUUUGGAUGUUAUUUGUUCCAGCAGGUAUUCUUCUAGCUCGAUAUUUUAGACAAUCUUGGUCCAAGUUAAAACUUUGCGCUAUACCUGUAUGGUAUAUUAUGCAUCAAAUAGUUAUGAAUUUUGCUGUAGUAAUGACAUUGGUUUCAUUCGUACUCAUUCUCAUUUAUAAACGAGGUGUAUGGACUUCUCAAAGCCUAUCACGUGAAUUUGCUCAUUCAAUUAUGGGUUUGAUUGUUGUUUCGACCGCUACUCUCCAAUCCAUAAUGACCAUAUUUCGAUGCCGUCCUGAUCAUCCACGGCGAUUUAUUUUCAACUAUGUGCAUCGCAUUGUUGGAAUUAGUACAUUGAUUCUCUCAAGUGCAACUAUUCUUCUUGCUACUCUCUUAUCUAGAUAUGAUUCUGUAAAGAUGAAGCCAUGGCGAAUUCUUGUAGUAUGGUGGUCGAUGGAAUUUGUUAUAUGGAUAGGUAUCGAAUGUCUCGAAAUUUUCUACCGCAAGUAUUGGUCACGCUUUGAUACAAUAAAUCUAGUUCAGCCAAUGCAAACAAAUUCUCUUCAUGAUGGUGGUCAGCUUAUGCCCAUCAAUGCCCGACCGUCGUCAGGAAAUAUAUUUAAGGAGCGAUUCAAAACAUUUCUCUUUAUUCUUCACAUUCUGGUAGCAUGUGGCCUUUCAAUUGUGCUCACUGUCUAUACUUCACAGAUUUCUUAA